ACGACGAUGUCCCGGCAGCGGAUGUGGUCUCGCCAAUUAACGGAUGUGCGGAAGAGGGCGCCGGUGCAUCAUUGCAGCAAGAAAGAAAUGGAAAAGAAAAGAGAGCAGGAACGACUGGGCCGCAUAAAUGCCGCUGAAGCCAGGAACCGCCUCAGUCAGAUGAGACUGCGGUACAACCAUUUGAGGGCCCAGGAGAUCGAUCUAAUGAUAUCCUGCCAGGACAGUGCUAUGGACGCCAUCCGCCUGGAGCUGCUGCUGCGGCCUAAGGAAGAGAAGAUCAACACCAUCGACUGCCUGAACAAACUGCAGAAACAGAGGAUCAAAAAGCUUCUGGAGGAUGAGAUAGGAGUGACUGACUGGCAGUGACCUGCUGCAUGGUUCCACGAAGUGUGUUAUUUUUGUAGCUGUGACAUUUCCACUUCCUCCACUCCAGAGUCCCUCCACUUUCUUGCUUUUAUUUACAAAUCCUCAUGUACCCCUUUACCUCAUCCACUCUUCUCCUCCUCCAUUUCCACUUCUUCUAUGCCAUCCCUCCAUUCCCCCUCCCCCAGUUUGGUUGCUGUGCAACAAUUGCCCUUCAUAUGGGAGGGUGACUCACUGUUCCCAGAGAGGACAAAGGCCUGGCCAGGACAGGACCUUCAAUACAGCCUCAAACUCACUUAGCUCACAUUAGCUCUAACAGCACUGGGAUUAACUGUGUCAAACACGUAGAUAAAACAUUGUUCACCGUCCGGAAGUCUAAAAUAAAGUGAUGGAUAGCACCAAUCCUCCAUAUUCCCCUGUAUGGCUUUGGUGAGAGGAGGCAAUGGGUACGGAUGUCUCUCUGAACCUGAAUUCCUGAACCGUGUGUGUGUGUGCCUACUAGUCCUUUACGUAAAGUGAUGUGAGGACAAGGUUGAGUUG